GUCGAUCUCUCGAAUCUCAGUGCCUGAGGCACCUGCGCUUAACUCCAUUUGAGCGAGCUCUCGUCCACAACGCCGUUAGAUUAGUUGGCAAGCCUGCGUCUUGAAGGAAGUGGUCUCCAGGCUGUCAACGUCAGCUGCGGUCACCAGCCCGCUUGAUGGUUGUCAUGGUCAUUUACGCAGCCUGAGCGCAGCCUUUGCAAUCCCUAGGCGAACACAGACGCCAGGGGUCAUUGCUGCGGACCUCUCAAUGUAACCUAAACGUUUUUGCGCUGGUCCAAGGUGGUUUGUUGUCUGUGUGCAGAAAUCCUUGCACACACCCCUGUCGAAGUGAGAGGUUAUAAAAGGGAGAGGGCAGAUUGGGGUAUCAGGCAUCGAAAAAGACACCAAUGGUUUUCAAAAGCAUCUUCCUCGUGCUCGCUUCUAUCUCCUCUGUGUUUGCGGCUCAAGCCACGACGACGCGCUAUUAUGAUGGUUCCGAAGGUGCUUGCGGAUGCGGCAAUAACAGCGGCCCUUUCACUUGGCAAAAGGGAAUCUCAAGUGGAGUUUAUACUGCUGCCGCAUCGCAAGGAAUUUUUGAUGCGGCAGGGGCGACUUGGUGUGGAGGAGGAUGUGGAUUGUGCUUCAAGCUCACAAGCAGCGGGGAGGCUCCUUGCAGCACUUGCGGAACUGGAGGGGGCGCAGGUCAGAGCAUCAUUGUGAUGGUCACCAAUUUGUGCCCUAGCACUGGGAAUGGACAAUGGUGUCCUAGCACUGGCAGCAUGAAUGAUUAUGGAUACUCUGCUCAUUUUGAUAUCAUGUCUAAGGACGGUUUUGGUUGGGAUAACCCCGUGGUCGAUUAUGCUCAAGUGGAGUGUCCUUCGUCGGCCUCCAAUAGCUUCAGCCAAUGCGUGUGCGCGACCGCUUAGCUCUCUCUCGCCAAGCAAUGGAAAAUUUCCCCGCGUUGCGUUGAUCGCGCGCGGCAGUACGAGUUGGUUCAGCUGUUUUUAAUUUUGUAUCCCGUUGUGGGAAUACGAGAAAACGGACUCAGGUAUCAUAAAAGUUUCG